AUGUCAGAGGACGAUAACCUUUUCAGAGCGUUCAUGCGGACACUGUACGACACAAUAGACGGCCCUGUCACCUGGUUCAAAGACACCGUGGUGGUCCCCAACCAGGAGAAGUACCCCUGGUACCACAAGCAGUACCGCCGUGUGCAAACCAUCGACCAGUGUUACGCCGACGACGCCGUGUGCGAUUUCGAGGCCAACUCGCAAUUUUUACGCGACAAACGGGUCGACUCGGAAAUACUGAGCAUACUCCGUCAAAGAUACGAGGAUUGCAUGCUUUACGAGUCCCCUGAUCAUCUGACACAGUGCAAAUCUCUGUUGGACAGGUACAAGGACGCUGAAGAAUGCUGGUUUAUCAAAUACGGUGACCUGGGCGCCAAUGGUACGGCAAGGAAGGCUUACAUGAAGCAGAAACACCGCAUGAUUUUCGAGAAACGCUACGGUCCACUCUCUGAUAAGACUAAAAAAUGAGUGAAUCGA